AUGGAUUCUCCGCAUCUGCCGCGCAACAUAAUCGUCGUGGGCGCAGGCAUUGCCGGCUUCGCAUGCGCCCUCGCCCUCUCUAGAGAGCUCACGCCCUUUGUGCCGGACCUCCAAAUUAAGAUCUUUGAACGACAUGACAUCCUAUCAACGUCUGGGGGCGCCAUCAAUCUAACCCCGGUAGCGCAGCGCCAUUUGGCGCAAUUGGGAGUGCUGGAUGAGCUCAAUCGCAUGGGCGCCGAAGGGGGAGCAGAUGUAGAUGCAAUCGAACUCUACUCGAUCCGGUCCGGCAGGGCAAUUGGCUCAAUAGAUUUUGUGGAUCAGAAUGGCCAGGGGUUCGGAGGAUACAAAGGCCGUCGGGUGAUGCGCAUCGUGCUGUCUGUGGCGAUGAUGAACGUGGUCGACCGGACGCCCAACAUUGAACUGAUCUUAGGGAAAAAGCUGAUUGGCGGCGAGGAAAUCAACGAACAGGCAGUGGUGCAUUUCCAAGAUGGUUCCGAGGCCAUUGGCGACCUGGUCAUUGGUUGUGAUGGCGUCCAUUCCGCCGUUCGCACUCGUUGGGUUGAUCCCGACUGCCCGUCGCAAUAUACGGGCAUGUCCUUUUUGCAAGCCACCAUGCCGACCAAGUCGAUUGCAUCUUCCGUUCAUUUCCAAUCGUCGGCCUUGAAUAUUUCCCGUCACGGGUCGAUGUUGACAAGCUUUUGCGAUCGGGAUCGCGAUCAAAUAUUCGCCGCGGCGACUGUUCAGUUCAGCCAGGCAGACUUAAGUUUCUACCGCCUCGAGCCCGGCCAGGACUGGGCGACACAAAAUGGAAUUCGUUGUGCCCUUCGGGCCGAGAUGCGCGACCGCUUCUCCAAGUCCGCGAUUCCAUGCAUUCGGGAUAUGGUGGCUAGUAAGGCGGACUGGAUGCUCUACCCGGUAUAUCAAGUCCGUCCAGGAGGGAAAUGGUGUAUGAACCGUGUAAUCCUACUUGGUGAUGCAGCCCACGCGGUAUGUGUCUGUGCUGAAUCAGAGUCCCUUUUCGCAAUUCAGAAAUCGAAUGCGGCUAAUUUGCGAUUCCAGAUGCCACCACGAGAUGAGUCCGCAGCGUAUGCGUUGGAUGAUGCCAUUCUAUUUGCCCGUAUUCUAGCACGCUACCGCUCGGAACCCUUGGUAGAGGUGUUUGAUGCAUAUGAAAGCCUCCGUCGCGACACUAUCAACCGUGCAUUUAAGGAAUCGCAUCGAAUGUGGGAUCGAAAUCGGGAUAUGGGUCAUCUCGAAGGUCGACUCAAAGAAUGGAUGAUGCCAUUCUAUCUCCGGAGUCACCGAGACGAACGAGAGGCCGCAUGGGAAUUUGAUGCUGCCCAGAUUUCUCUUCCCACUCCGACCCCAAGCGAGGACCUGGUGUCUUUGCAUUCAUUUUUGAAGGAGCAUACCGUAUAG